CCUCUAAUGCCCAUGCUCAACAGGUCCUCACCUAAACGAACACAAAGAAGCCUAUUUCCACACCGUCCCCUAAACCUAAUCAUCUCUCUCUCUCUCUCUCUCUCUCUGUGCAGUCGAUGUUAGGGUUUGUUGAGGAGGUUCUUGAAGAGGGUUUCUUCGGUAAAUGCUCUCUCCCUUCACCAAUCUAUCAGUUCCCUCUCCUUUCAUGUCUUCAAUCGACGUCCUUCUCUUCUCCUCUGCUCCUUCAGGGCCUCACAAAACCCUAAUUCUUGGUUCCGGUUCUGACAUUUUCCACAUACUUGUUCCUUAUUCUCAAUCUUCUCGCACACAAAAUUCCUGCUUUUCGUUGGGCGUUUCUGGAGUUUCUGAUUCGGUUCUGCAAACGAAAUGAGUGAUUCUAAGCUGCUAGUAUUUGGGUCAUUUUCUGAAGAUGAGACCAGGUCGUUGCUGCUAAAGCAAUCACCUGGGAAGGCGGAAAAGCCUGUGGAAAAGAAUGUAUUGCAGUUUGGGUCUAUAAAUUUUGUUACUCCAAAAUCUUCUGGUGAAUUUAAUGGUGAAUCAAGCGGACAGAAAAGUUCUUUGAAAGCGCCCACCAAAUCUCAGCCCUUAAGUUCACUUAAUAAGCAGAAUGAAGUUAAGGCUGUAACAGCAGCAGAUGAUAAUUUACCUGCAUCGACAGCCACUCCGACAGAAAAUGGAUUUACUGAUAAUUAUGUUAAUGUUUCUGCCCAUAGUAAUGGUGUGAAAGUGGUGGCAACUGAUAAUGUUAUCUUAACUUCAUUGCCUUUAUCCAAAGACGAAGGUGGUCUCUCCAAUCAAUUUUCAAGUCUGGAAUUGCAGAAUAGAGAGCAGAAUGGCUGUGUUGAUGAUUUAUCUCUUUCUGAGAUUAAGGGGGCACUUCAGAAGGCUUCAAAUGCGCCUGUCACUGUUUCUAAAAUCUUGUUGCCUCGUGGUCUAAUCAAUUCAGGAAAUCUGUGCUUUCUAAAUGCAACCCUGCAGGCCCUUCUAUCAUGCUCUCCCUUUGUUCAGCUUCUUCAGGAAUUAAGAACACUCAAAGUUCCUAAGGUUGACUUUCCAACAUUGAGUGCAUUUGCAGAGUUCGUCUCUGAAUUUGACAUGCCUAGUGGUUCAAGUUCGAAGAACAAAGAUGCAAGUGUUCUCGAGACUGGUAGGCCUUUUAGCCCUGCCAUGUUUGAAGGCGUUCUUAAGAAUUUCACUCCAGAUGUGCCAACUAACAUCUCCGGCAGGCCAAGACAAGAAGAUGCUCAGGAGUUCCUUAGCUUCAUCAUGGAUCAGAUGCAUGGUGAAUUACUUAAGCGUGAAGGACAAUCCCCAAGCAUUAACGGGCGCAAAUCAACUCUCAUAUCUUCCGCAGAGGAUGAUGAAUGGGAGACAGUUGGUCCAAAGAAUACAUCUGCAAUAACCAGGACACAAAGUUUUGUUCCUUCAGAAUUGAGUGAUAUUUUUGGAGGACAAUUGAAAAGUGUGGUGAAGGCAAAAGGAACUAAAGCUUCCGCGACUGUUCAGCCAUAUUUAUUGCUCCACCUUGAUAUUUGCCCUGAAGCUGUUCGUACCAUUGAAGAUGCACUUAAGUUGUUUUCUGCACCAGAAACUCUUGAUGGGUAUCGAACAUCAGCAGCUGGGAAGGGUGGUAUUGUGACUGCAAGCAAAACAAUAAAGAUACAGACCCUUUCAAAGAUAAUGAUAUUGCACUUGAUGCGUUUUGGUUAUGGAAGCCAAGGAAGCACUAAGCUGCUUAAACCCGUGCAUUUUCCACUUGAAUUGGUGUUGGGUCGUGAAUUGCUUGUUUCUCAAAAUACUGAGGGUCGAAAAUACAUACUUGUUGCUACAAUAACUCAUCAUGGGACAGAGCCAUCAAAGGGACAUUACACAACUGAUGCUCUCUAUGCCGGUCAGUGGCUACGGUUUGACGAUGCGUCGGUCACGGCAAUUGGGACCGGUAAAGUACUGCAUGAGCCGGCAUAUGUCCUCAUCUACAAACAAUUAUAAAUGGGCAGUUCAAACAAGUAGUAUACUGCAUGAACAGGGUUAUGUCUUCGUUUACGAGCAAUUGUGGAAGCUAACCAUGGAGUAACUCACUUCCCACUGGAGAGACCCCUCUCGUUCAUAUAGUUUAUGGAGUGUCACCAGUUCUCUGGCCCCUGGGGUCGAUGCGAUAAACUUUGGUCAAGUCUCCAUCCGAUCGUCGAUGCUUUUGAAAAUGGCUGUAACAAUUCUUCGAACUUGUCUGAUUGCAGCAGUUUUCAGGUUUGUUGUGAUGUAAUAUAUAUAAAUAUUUAUAUAGCGAGACAGAGAGAGAGGCCGGUGCCCCCAAUUAUAUCAAGUGAAUGUUUUGAUAUUAAUCUUCAACUAUAUUUGGUGAA